AGCACCAUAGGAAAGCGAGGGUUUGCUCUAAAGUCUAAAACCAAAGCAAAAUCUGGAAAUGAGUACUGAGCGAAACAAAUAGCUAGAGCUCUGAACCCCAAAUAACCGAAGGAUUAAUGGGUAAAAAUGAGAGAGCGCAAGAGAGAAGAGAGAAGCGACGCCAAGAAAUCUCUCUUCUCCGUACCAUUCCUUAUUCUGAUCACCAAAGAUGGUGGUCAACUGACACUAUUGUUGUCGUGACUGGUGCAAAUAGAGGAAUUGGAUUUGAAAUUGCUCACCAACUGGCAUCACAUGGCCUAACGGUUGUUCUUACAUCAAGAGACACCCGUGUUGGUGAAGAAGCAGCGAAAGUCAUGCAAGAAGGAGGUUUGAAUGUGGUAUUUCAUCAAUUGGAUAUUGUGGACCCAGCAUCAAUUCAAACAUUUUCUGAUUGGAUAAAAGAAAAAUAUGGUGGUCUAAAUAUACUGAUCAAUAAUGCAGGAGUCAACUUCAAUUUCGGCUCAGAUAAUUCAGUGGAAUUUGCAGAAACCGUUAUACAGACCAACUACUUUGGCACCAAAAGUAUGAUUAAAGCUAUGAUUCCAUUAAUGAGGCCUUCUCCUUUUGGUGCUCGUAUUAUUAAUGUGACCUCACGAUUGGGAAGACUUAAUGGCAGACGGAAUAGAAUUGCAAAUGUCAACUUGAGACAACAACUGGAGGAUGUAAAUUCCUUAUCAGAGGAACUGAUUGAUAGUACCGUGAACACGUUUUUGGAACAAGUAAAAGAUGGGACUUGGGUAUCUGGGGGAUGGCCGCAAGUGUUCACUGACUACUCAUUGUCAAAGCUUGCUGCUAAUGCUUACACCAGACUAAUGGCGAAGAUACUUUCAGACAGGCCAGAUGGUCAUAAGAUAUAUAUGAAUUGCUAUUGCCCAGGUUGGGUGAAGACUGCCAUGACCGCAUGGGCUGGGCAUACGUCUCCACCAGACGCUGCUGAUACUGCAGUCUGGCUUGCUCUUCUCCCUGACCAGUUUGUGAGUGGUAAGUUCUUUGCUGAGAGACGUGAGAUAAACUUCUAAAAGUGGGCAUUGAGGACUAAUUCCAGAAUCAGCUCACUUUCUUUUGCUUUGGAACAAGAAUGUGAUCAAGUGCAGGUUGAAGCAAUAAUACUGCUUCAUGGUAAUUAUGUUACGAUCUGCCUUUGCUUACUGCCCAACUGUCUACUGAAAAUUGAUAUUGCUUAUGGGAAACUAUAGCUAUCGGUAUAAAUUGUUAAAGUGGCUACCUAGUCUUCAAAUUCUGGAGGAUGCAUCAAAAUUGGUGUCUAGUAGUCCAGUUCGGGAUAGAUUAUCUGUGUUUUCAUGUACCAUUUGUAACUUUGGGAUAGUACAGAUUAGAGGAGCAGCAUUCUGGUACAAUUCGUACUCCAGUUUUCUGUAGCUCUGCAGGAGAUCAUGCUUUGAUUAAUUGAAAUAUUCUUUAUGGUUUGCAAAGUGAUAAAGAAAGAGGCAGAUUUCGUAGAGGUCUUAGCUAGCAAAUGAAGGGAAUGGAUGAAGCAACUAUGAGUUCUGAGGAGUUCGACUUCUAAAUUAUAUAUUUUUCUAUGGGAAACAGCCUCUCUACCUCUCCAGGUAGGGGUAAGGUUUGCGUACUCACUAUCCACUACUCUCCUCGGACCCCACCCGUGAAAUUAUACUAGGUAUGUUAUUGUUGUUGUUAUCCCAAAGGAAUUAUGAUGUGAUCAUUUUGAGUCAAAUGGUGGGAUCCAUGUGGGAUUGAGAUUUUGAGAUAUUCUUGAAUUCUUAUUGUAUCUUCUAUGAUAAUUUAGAAUUUCUGGUAA